AUGCAAGUUUUACUUGAAUUAUUUAUGUCGAAUCGACGAUUAUCAAAAACACUAUCUUCACAUUCCGCUCUAUUAAAUAGACGUAAUAAAUCGGCUAUAUUCGAAUCAAAAUCGCUUGAAUCAUGUAAUGUUCAAAAAAUAACACCAUCAUCGUCAAGUAAAAGUAUAAAAUCAUCACCAAAUAAUCAAAUGAGUAAUAAUAAUAAUAAUAAUAAUAAUAAUAAUAAUAAUAAUAACAGUAUCACAAAACCGAGUUUACAACGGUGGCAACGCGCAGCUAGUAGACUACUUCGUCAAAAUACAUCGUUACCUUAUUGUGAGAUUAAGACGGCAACACCACCAGGCACACCAUAUUUAGGUGCAUCAAAAUAUGAAACAAUAGUGACGGAUGGUGAUGAACGUCCCGAAACAAAUGUAAGUUUUAUUCGACGAAAAUGUGAUGAAUGGUUACAAUUUGGUUUACCAAGAAUUGCUCAAUUUCAAACAAGUAUCGAAACCGAUAAAGAUUUAUUGAUUAAUAAAGAAUGGCAACCCUAUUUGACGGAACAAGCACGUUCACAAAUAUCCGAAUCAAUUAAACUUCAGCAAGAGGCAAUUUGGGAAUUAUUAUGUACAGAAGUAUCCUAUAUAAGACAAAUACAAUUGAUGACGGAUGUAUUUAUGAGUUGUGUAUGGUAUUUAAAAACGUCUAAUCGUGAUGGAUUAUUUCAAGAUAUACAAAUCGAUAAAUUAUUUUGUAAUAUUCAAGAUGUUUUAAAUGCGAAUAUACAAUUUUGGAAACAAUAUUUAUUACCAAUAAAACGAAAAUUAGAGCAAAUGGGAACGUGUAUGAAUCCAUCCGAUUUAAAACUUGGAUUUAUGAAGUUUGAUAAUGUAUUUAAACCAUAUUUAACUUAUGUUUUAAAUCAAAAAUUAUGUUCUGAAUAUUUUAAACAAAAAUUAUUCAAAGAUGAAUUAUUUCAACAAUUAAUUUCUUGGAUUGAAGGAAAUUUUACAUCAAGAUUAUCAUUGCCAGAUUUAGCAAUAAAACCAUUACAACGAUUAACAAAAUAUAAACUUUUACUUGAAGCUAUACAACGAAAAACGGGUGAUCAUCAACAACGAAUCGAUUUGCAAGAGAUGAUUCAAAAAGUUGAAACAUAUGUAAAUAAAGUAAAUACAAAAUUAAAUAAUCAAGAACAAGAAGAACGUUUACGUCAGAUAAGUGAUCGAAUUGGUCAAUUUGAUAGUGUAUCAGCUCCUCCAGAAAUAUUACCGGUGUUACAAGAAUAUUAUCGCGAUAUGUCAAAUCGAUUAGAUUUAUUGCGUGAUAUGCCUCUAUUUGUUCGUGGUUAUAAACGUUCGAUAAUUCAACAAGGUCCCAUGAAAAUGAAAGAUUCAAAAGAUCGUCAAGAUGUUUACUGUUAUUUAUUUACGGAUAUGUUUUUAAUCACAAAAGGUGGUAAAAAAGGAGAUCAACGUUAUUCAAAUAAUAAAAUAUUAAAACCACCAAUUCGCAUUGAUCGAAUUGAUGUUAAAGAAUAUGUUACACGAGAACCAAACGCUCCUUAUUUUAUUGCCAUUAUCUUUAGUGAAUAUAAUCUAAUUGAAGGCGGCUAUUUAUUUCAAACAAAUUUAAGUAAACAAUGGAUUGAGAAUAUUCGAUCAACAAAGAGUCGUUUUCAAAUAUUACUCGAAGAAUCUAAAAUGAAACUUCAACAUGCUCAUACACCACUCUCAUCAACACCCACCACUAUUGCCACCACAACUACCACUAGUCGUCACAGUUACAUAUCAGACACCAAUCUUCCAACAACAACAACAGUUACGAAUGCUCCCACAUUUUUAUCAGCUCUGUCUACACCUACAUCACCCAUUGUAAUUAAUUUUCCUUCACAAUCAUCGUUAGAUGAAUCACGUUCGUCCGUUGUAGUAAAAUUAGAUGGCUCAUUAAUGGACAGUUCUUCAACUGAUUACUCACCAAAAUUAAAACAUGCCACACCACCGCCACAAGCGAAUUUAAAUUCCACUGGCACAUUUAUACCAUUCAAUAUAGAUUCAUUAGAACAAGAACAGCAACAACAACAAUCAUCAGAUGACUCAAAAUCAUUGUUACAACAACAGACACGACGUAAUUCUCGUGGUGAUAGACGAAAUAAUUGUAAAGGAAGAUAUCAUACAGCCGAUGAAAUUUAUCAAAAAAACGAAACGCAUAAUAAUAAUAAUAAUAAUAACAGUAGUCAACCAGAGAAGAUCACAACACCUAUUCGAAAACAGCGUUCAUCUAUUCGUAAAAGAAUGUCAUGGAAUAAUGGGUCACCAACUGUUCUUACAAAUCAAAAUAAUUCAACGGUAAAUGAUUCCCAAACAUUUUUAAGUUCAACAAAUUCAUUUCGUAGUGUGCAAAGUUCAACAAGUGGUGUAAGUUCUAAUGGAUCGUUUUUGUUUUCUGCUGAUGAUAUGAUCGAUGAGAGUGAUCAGAAAAAGGGAAAUAAUAGUCAAGAUCAGGAGGAUGAUCAACAACAUGACGAAGAAGAUUAUGAUGACAAACACUCACCACUGAUCGAUAAUAGUACAUCAACAGAGACUCAUGUAAAUGAUAAUAAUAACAAUGGAGCAUCGAAUCGUUUAUCGUCGUCGAGUUCAACCCUAAGUUUUACAAGUAUAACAACAACAUUGUCAGCAAAUAAUAACAUCGCAGUUUUAGAUAACCGUCAUCCGUCAUCGGCGACAUGUGUUUCCAGUGGUAAUGAUCAACAGCAACAACGCAUGAGUAAAAUUUAUCAUAGUGACACGCACUUAUCGCCUACCGCAAACGUUUUAUCGCCAUCUACUCAACAAUCCUCUGAUUUGCUUCUGCUGUUACCAUCGGCUACUGCUAAUACUACUUGUAAUACGAAAACAGCAACGUUAUCUGAAACAUCAUCAAGUCGUAGUCCAUUUCAACGUGGUAAAAAAUGUCGAUCUCGUCCGGUGAUGAAUAGCAGUGGCGCAUGUAAAAUAUACGAAGAUGAAGGAGCGUGCCGUAAAUUAACGUCAUCAAAACCGCAUCCACAACUGUCACCAUCCAAAAUUAUUAAUAUGACAACUGAUGAUACCUAUAUUGGUGGUAGUGGUAAUGGUAAUGAUAGUGACUACGAUAAUCAUCAUCGAUCUAAUGGCGACAGAUAUUAUCAAAAAAAUUAUUCUUCAAUGAAAACCGCUCAAACAAGACCAUCAUCGGCUACAGGCUGUGAGACAAUGUUGUAUAACAGCCGUUUUCUACAUAAUCAAUCACCACAGACAGUAAAAUUAUGUAAACCAAAUUUAAGAUUAAUUUCGCCAUCACUCGUUAAAGGAACACUUGAAGAAACAGCAACACAUUCAUCCACACCAUUUACAAGUAGACAAUCGUCAACUUUGUCAGAUACGCCGUCUUCAGAUAACACUGAAUCAUUACCGUUUAAAAGCUUAGAUGAUCUUGUAUUAGGUGACCAAUAUGAAAUUCUUUUGACAAAUGAUGCAUUGCGCGCAGAUGAAGAUACUUUUACCCCUGUGUUAGUGGGUGACAAUAGAGACGAUGAUGAUGAUGAAGAUACACAGCAAAAUGAAGACGAGGAUGAUGUUAGUGCCACAGUGGAAUUAUCUGAUGAGAUAAGAGAAACAAAUACAAACGGUAACUCGGAGUGUGAUACUGAUGAUGAAUCAACAAUGAUUGCAUGUAUUAAAUCAAACUAUCCUUCUACUAAUACUACUAGUACGAUUAAGGACUCGGUGAACAAUAUUGAACAGUCAGAUAUUUCUACGGUUGCUUAUCAUACAAUCCGCGAUACCACCACGUAUAAUGACGAUAAUGAUUCUAAAACGAUUCGUAACAGUAAUAUGAGCAGACUAUCACCGUCGACGAUUGGAACCGGUAAUAAACAUUCAUCACAUCAACAUUCUUCGACAUUUGAUAUUAAUAAUCAAUCAUCACCAAAUUCAGCUAAUUUUAUUGAAUAUAGAAAAGAAACAAUAUCACCACAAAAACUAUUAGAAUUUAGAUCUCAUUUAUUGUUAAAUACAACAUUAGAUGCAACGUAA